AUGCACACUUCUCGCAUAUUACAUUCAGCGAUUUCCAUACUGGGCCUACUGGCGCAAGUUCAGCGCUCCGCUGCUUCCCCUCUGGAUUUUGAGGAGGCCGGCCUUGAGAAGCGCUGCGCGAAUUCCUGUGGCUAUUAUGGCCAACUCUGCUGCAGCUCUGGUCAGACGUGUAGCACCGAUAGCAAUGGCCAGGCAGUCUGUGCAGAUUCCUCUGGUGGCAGCUGGCAGUACUUCACCACAACCUUCGUCACCACGGAAACCGAUGUGGCGACAAUUACCUCUACAUGGAGCAGCUAUGUAGGACAUACAACGACUGCCGGAGGUGGUUCAGGGAGUUGCAAGGCCGAACUGGGCGAGACCAUUUGCGGAAACACCUGUUGUGGUGCGGCGUACGUCUGUUCCAACAACCAAUGUGUGAUGGGAAGUUCGUCAAUCUGGGCCACCGCUACCGCUACACCUCCAGUACGAGGCACAAGUGCAUCUACCAUCACUGCGACUGCAUCGGCAACAACCACACAGGGCUUUGUUGCUCCUGUCGGCACCGACGGAGCCAUACUCAUUGGUGAAAAAGCGCCAGACAAUGGAGGACUAAGUGGUGGAGCAAUCGCAGGCAUCGUCAUCGGAACAAUUGCUGGCGUCUUUCUUCUUUUGCUUCUUUGCGCUUGCCUGUGUUGUCGCGGAGCUCUGGAAGCUUUGUUUGCUUGCCUGGGUCUUGGUGGUAGACGAAGAAGAAAGGAGACCACAUAUGUGGAAGACCGGUAUUCCCAUCAUGCGCAUGGCGGCAGGCCUGAAGGACGUACCUGGUUCGGUUCGCGUCCGUCAGCUCCGGCGCCCCAAGGUGGCGAAAGGAAGAAAUGGGGUGGAUUGGCAACUCUUGGAAUCAUGUUGGGUGCGCUUGCUCUAUGUCUGGGACUGAGGAGGCGCAGAGACCACGAGGAUGAGAAGAGCGACUACACUUACCCGAGCUCAUACUACUACUCUGAUUAUUACACCAGCGCAAUGCAAGCUCGGAUAGGCGAACGAGACGGACAAGGGACACUAGGCAAUCCAGACGAUCUCGCACGCGCUCACGACGGUCAUGAUUAA